AUGAGGGCUCUUCUCGGGCUUCUCGCCCUGGGCAUGUCGCUCUUUGGCGCCCAGGCACUCGAAGUUCCCAUGAACGAAAAAGAAGACUCUCGCCAGUAUUGCACAGGAAUGUACAGCCGCACGUCUUGGGGCGGCCCGGUCGACCCGUUUAUCCUCGUCAAGUUUCUCAACGAUACUGCCGCUCAGGGCGACGACCCCAUUGCGAGUCUGGUGAUUUUCGAGUGGAGAGACAGCGAGUUCAUCGGUAUCCCAGACCCCGAUAUCCAAGCCACGCGACUUGCGCUCUGCGACGAUGGCAUGAUCAAACAAGGCAUUUGCAACUCGACCGACAAGGGCGAGUUCGUCCUGGCCCCGAAUGCGACUGAGAAAUCCAACACGUUGAUCCUGAGCAAGGCGGUCCACCUGAACAACCCGACCCCGAUCAACUACCCCAUCAAGAAGACCGGCUACUACUGCGUCAUUACCGAGGGCUUCAACAUUGAAAAGUACAACGCCGUUGUUGAGUUCCGAAACGCCUAUGGAGAGCUGCCGGCGACCCAGAUCCCAAAGCUCCCGUUCUACGGCGGAAUGUCCAUUCUAUACGCCUUGGUAACCGUUUUUUGGAGCUUCCUUUACUAUCAACAUCGACACGACAUCCCUAUUCUCAUCUUCUUGGCUAUUGAAAUGAUCCUGACAUGGGGCUUCUACGAUUACCAGAAUCAUCACGGAACGGCGAACAUCGGGAGCAAGGUCUAUCUAAUUGUCGUUGCUGUUCUCAAUGCUGCCCGAAACUCCUUUUCCUUCUUUCUAUUGCUCAUCGUCUGCAUGGGCUACGGUGUGGUCAAGCCCACCCUUGGCCGCACGAUGAUCUAUGUCAGAUGGCUUGCCGCUGCGCAUUUUGUGUUUGGUAUUGUUUACGCAGUCACGAGCUUGCUGGUGUCGCCAGAGAGUGCUGGGCCAUUUGUUCUUUUGAUUGUCCUUCCGCUAGCCGGCACGCUGACGGCCUUUUAUGUCUGGACGCUUAACUCGCUCAGCUUCACGCUCAAGGACUUGCGUGAACGAAAGCAGCAUGUCAAAGAAGGCAUGUACAAGAAGCUGUGGUGGGCCAUCCUCAUCAGUGUCCUGGUCAUCUUUGCCUUCUUCUUCUUCAACAGCAUCACCUUUGCGUCGGUCAACGAUCCCGACUUCGUCCCCUUUCACUGGAAGACGAGAUGGUUCAUCUUGGACGGCUGGCUCAACAUUGUCUAUUUUGCAGACGUUGCCUGGGUCGCCUACAUCUGGCGCCCAACGGCCAACAACCGCCGCUUCGCCAUGAGCGACGAGAUUGCGCAGGAUGACGACGGCAACUUUGAGAUUGGAGACAUUGGCAUGCCCGACGACUCGGAUGACGAAGAGGCGCAGAUUGGUAACAAGCCCGCGGCCAACUUUGGACAGGAGAGCGGCUUGACAGGCGCUGGGCUGUCACAGGCGGGUUCUAGCAGGGCCGCUCCCCCCAGUGGCGCGCAGUCACAAGCAACCGCUCGUGGUGUCCCGCGAGAGUCUCUGGAUGGAGAGACGAUCUUUGCGGUAGGCGAAGACGGUGACAAGGCAUCAGACAGCGAGGGCGAGAGCGAGGCCGAUAGCAAUGACGAGGAUGCUAAGCUUGUGCACAAGAAACGGUAA